CCAAGUGGCCAUAUGUGGCCACUUAAAUACAGGCCCCAUUCGGGCGUCCUUGAAAGAGGGAUUUUAGGGGCUGGAAACUAAUGCUACAUUUUGGUUUAGACUACACAAAGUAGUUCUUCAGUUUUUUCGAAAAUUUCUUCAAUCGAGCGGGUUUUUAGCGAAUUUUGCGAGUUUUCUUUUAGUUAAACGUUUUGAGCGAGGUGAUUUAAAAAUGGCGGCUCUUCGAGAUGAUGCUACACUAGAUUUUAGCGUUCAAAACGAUGUUGAAAUUCAAUUUAUCGACGAAGAAGACUUCCCACUUGCUAAUUUAAACGAGCACCGAGCCUCUGAUCAGGAAUUUUACUCUGGUGCAUCUGAAUCAAGCUCAGAGGAUUCUAGUGAAGAGUCCGCAGAGGACGAAAACACUGAGACUGAAGUGCAAUUUCCUGAAGAAUGGUCAAGAACGGUCGAACGCAGAGUAGAUAUUGACUUCAGUGAAGAACCAGGAAUACCGGUAAAUGUCAACACAAGAAACCUGAAAUGUUUGGAUUUCUUUGAGCUCUUUUUUACACAAGAGGUAUGGCAGUUGUUAGUUAGUCAAACUAAUUUGUAUGCAGAGCAGAAGAGAGGGCCAGCAGAAAGCUCUGCAUGGUAUCCAGUAACAGAAGAUGAAAUGAAGGCUUGGAUUAGUCUUUAUCUAAAUAUGGGGCUGGUAACUAAACCAAGUCUUAAUUCUUACUGGAGCACUGAUCCCAUCCUAAGUUCUCCUUUCUUCCCAUCUGUGAUGUCCAGGACACGUUUCCUGCAAAUCUUGCGGUACUUGCACUUUGCCGACAACACCCGUGCCCCCCCAAGAGAUUCUGAAGAUUACAAUAAGCUGUACAAAAUUCAGCCUUUCCUGGAUUUGCUUAUAGCAAGGUUUCAGGCAGUUUACACACCUGAGAGGCAACUUGCCAUAGAUGAGACUUUAAUUAAGUUCAAAGGCAAAGUGCACUUCAGACAAUUUAUUCCUAUAAAGCCAGGAAGAUUCGGGAUAAAGGCUUUCACCCUUGCAGAGUCCAGCAGUGGUUAUGUAUUGAAUAGCAAGAUUUACACUGGCAAGGAAAACAAUGAGGUUCAGAGAGAUUUAGGGAGGAAGGCAGUUAUGUCUGUGUUGGAACCUUAUCUAGAUAAAGGAUUCUAUGCCUUCAUGGACAAUUAUUAUACAUCUGUAGCCUUGUUUGAGGAGCUAGAAGUAAGGAAAACACUUGCAUGUGGCACUGUAAGGUCCAACAGGGUACACUUGCCAAAGGAGAUUUGUGGUGUCAAAGAAAAGGCAGUGAAAGAUCUUGUAAGAGGGCAGUGUCUGUACAGGCAAAAGGGAAAUUUGACUUGCGUGACAUGGCGUGACAGGAAGCCAGUUAGUGUUUUAGCUACCCUUCCCACCAGCACAAUUGACUCAAGCACAGUGCAGCGGUCAGUCAAAACAAACGGGAAGUGGGAAAAGAAGGAAUUCAAUCGACCAGGUGUAAUUGACCUCUACAACACCUACAUGGGUGGCGUAGAUGUGUCUGACCAGAGAAGUGUUGCGUAUGCUAGACUAAUGAAGGGGUCAGUCUGGUAUUACAAAAUUUUCUUUUACAUGAUAGAGGUGUGUGUAUCAAAUGCACAUAUUCUCCACACCAGGUCACAAAAUCAUGUCAGUAAAAGAGCUCUAGAGUUUAGAAUGCAACUGAUCAGUGGAUUAGUUCAAGGCAAGUGCUUCCGGAAGGACACAGGAUUAGUGCAGACCCCUGUUCCUAUCCCUGAUAUAAGGUUCAAUCGUGAUCAUUUUCAUUACCCUGUAAGUAACGAAACACGAUCAACCUGCAAGGUGCAUGUUCAGAAAGUUAAAACAAUAUACAGCUGUGCCAUUUGUGUGAGAAUGUGUCCUGAGCCAUGCUUUCAAAGAUACCACACAAU